AUGACGACCGAUAAGUUGCAUCCGACUGAUUUAAGAGAAGGCCUAGGUACAGUUCCACUACUUCACCUACUACCGAAGCAAGACUUGGCUCCAUUGGUAUCAUUUAAUACGAUAGAUGCGGUAUCGAGUGAUAUCGAGGAGAAAGAGCUCAAUUCAUCGUCUGUUGCCUAUAAAAUGAGAUCUGCGAUGAAUGAUGAUCCAGGUUAUUUUAGUAAAGUGAUUGACUAUUUAGCAGAAGACUUCCGUUCCUUUGAGGACAACGAGCUAGAUGAUAUUACUUUCAAGAAACCAAUUAUAGCAAAGAAUGAUCUACUAGAUAGGAAAAAGAUCCCUGCAUUUCCGCCAUUUGAGAAAAGGCUAUUUGAAGAGAUGGGUGAUGUUGACGACUCUUCUAUAAAACACGGUACUAAUAUUCUGGACAUAUCACAAUUAGAUAAAUCGGAGCUUUCAGUUCAAGAUGAUUAUGAUGCAAACGAUGUUUUAUCUAUUCAACAGCAUAAUGAGAAAUACAACCAGAAAUUCGAAGUUGAGAAGAAAAAGAUGGACGAUCAAAAGGCAUCCCGUAAAAAUGUUAAGCUUUCUGAUGCACAUUCAUCGGAUCAGAGUAAAAGGCUAUUCGAUGAUUCAGAUGCAAGUCCUGCGCAGCAGAUUAAACGAUUUCAAAAGACGUCAUUCUUGGAAAGAGAUCAACUCAAAACUAGAGCUUGUGAAGAUUUAAUAGGAUUCAUUAAUGAUGUUGGUUUAAUUGAUGAAUGUACCAAUGGCAAUAAGUACUUUUUUAUCCAUGGUGAAAGCAAACUAUUAAAUACCGAGACGCUAGUUUUUGUUUUAGAUCGUUUAUUGAGAAUUCAGAAUGAUCAUGUCAUUGACCAAAUAGAACUUGAAUACUUAAUUAGAAUCGAAAAACUUUGUGUUCGAUCUAUCAAUGAAGGAAUACUGACCCACUGGAAUGAAGUAAUUGAAUUUAUUGAUGUUAAUAGUUUUGAAGAAUUCAUGAAAAAUUAUGAUGAUUUACGGAAAUUAUUCGAGCUGGCCUUGAAUGGUACUAUUGCAGCAAAGAUAAUUUUGCUGGUACUUAAUAGCAGGAGGAAUAAUAAGCAAUUGUUUUUGGACGAAUAUUUCAGGUCAAUCAUUGACUUAGUUUACGUAUUAGUCCAAGAAGUAAUUGUUCCUUUUGCGAGUAGAACAAUACCCGAUGUUCAAGUGCUAAAUAUUUCAAGAAGUUUUGUUUCAGGACUACUUAAUGACAUCUGCUCAAUCAAAAAUAUGAUAUCCAGUCAUAUUGAAAAAAAUGAAGUUGACGAAUAUCUAUUGACAAGACUUGAAUACCUAUCUGUCAUUAUAAUUUUUGCAGACUCGACUUUAAAAGAAAAAGCAUCAAUACUUGGUGUGAGUAAUUUUGAUAACUUGAGAGUUUGUUCGUGCAAGGUCCUUACAUGUAUUUUUAAGUACCGUCCAGACCAGAGACAGUUUAUUUUAAACGAAAUUCUAUCAAACUUCGAUAAAUUACCGACGCAGAAGGUUGCAGCUCGGCGUUUCAAAUUAAAUAGAGGUGGUAAUAUUCAACUUACAACUGUAUUGCUAUUGAAUUUGCUACAAAGCUUUGACGUAUCGAGAUUUUCUCUGGAUGCGAAUGAAGCUAGGGAAAUGAACUCUGAUGAGAAAUACAACUCAUUUGUGGAAAACAAAAGAAAGGGUAUCAUUGAAAAUGUUUUCUUGUUGCACGAAGAGGUUACAAGAGUAUCAAAUGACAUUGCUGCUUUUUUGAUGAAUAAGUUAUAUAACAAUCCUGAUAGUCAACAAAAGCAAUAUCUUGAAUUACUUUUGGAAGAUUUACUUGCGGUUGUAAUAUUUCCUGAAUGGCCAUCUGCUGAAAUUUUACUUGUAUCCAUCUUUAAAGCAUUACUAUAUGUUAUACAAUCAGGAUCAUAUUCUUCACAGAUUGAAACUUCUGCGCUAGAAUUAGCUGGAUUGAUUGGCACUAAAAUCUUUGAGUUGAAACAAUCUUAUACUGGUGUUCAUCAAUUCAAUAUUAAUUCCACCAAUGAAGAUAUUAUAUUCUAUUCCGGAUGCUUUAUGGAUUCGCUAGAAUACGUGCAAUUGCAAUCUAUGAAAAAUAAAGAGUAUAUUACAGCUUUCAGGUUUUUAGUUUUGAAAUUUAUUUGCCGGCUUAAAAUCAUUGUUCAGAAUAAUGGCCAUAAGAAUACAGAAAAUCAAUUAGCUGCAUUGAAUUCUGACAACGAUAGUUCUUCUCAACUGGCCACAGUUAAGCAUGAUGUGAAUUUAUUAUAUGGUCGUCUUUUAGAUAUUUUAGCUGACGAUAAUAUUAACCUUAACCAAACCUUGAAAUCAAAUAUGGACUCCCAGUCCAUAUCUUCAUAUUCACAAAUAUUAUUAACCCAGGAACUACUAGGCCUUUUCGAUAGUUUUCUUAAUGUGAUGGUUAACACAUUAGAUAGUACAAAAGUCAAAUCAAAAACUAAAGCAAUAAGAACUUUGUCAUCAUUGAUUGAUAUUGAUCCUACAUUGUUAGUAUCACCUAAAAUACAGGAAUCUGUUUCUAAGAGGUUAUUGGACUCCUCUCCUUUGGUUAGAGAUGCAGUUAUCGAUUUGAUUAGUAGAUUUAUGCUGUCGAAACCAGAAGUAAUUGAUCAGUUUCAUAAGCCUAUAUGUGAUCGUUUAAAUGACGAAAGUAUUCAAGUGAGGAAACGCGUAAUUAAACUUUCAAAAGAAAUGUAUUUGAAUACAGAUAAUAUAUCAAUUAAAAGUCAAAUAUCUAUGAAAAUUUUAAGAAGAUUAGACGACGAGGAUGAUGUAAUGGCAAAUAUUGCAAAGUCUUAUUUGCUUGACUUAUGGUUCACUUCAUUGGCGGAUGAAGCAAAAUCAUUGGAUUUGGGGCAUCUUCUGACAGCCACAGCGAAAAUAGCAGAUGUUAUAAUGGAAGUUACAAGCAUUGGAGGAAAAGCUACAGCAUUUUUUGAAACAUUCUUAACAGAAUAUGUUCUAUGUAAUCCUGACCCUAGGGUGAUGCAGACUGUAAGAUUAAUCAUAGAUCAAACUUUGGAUAGAAUAAUUGAUUGUGUUAAUACUAAUUCCGAGACACAAAUUGUGAAAGCAUUAAUUCUUAUCUCCACAUUUGUAAAAUGUGAUGGUAAGUUAAUGACUCAAGAUCAACUAGUUUCAUUACAACCUUAUUUAGUAGAUGAAAAAAAUUCAGGAGAGCCUAUUUGCUUCUAUAGUUUGCAAAUACUUAAGCAUGUCCUUCCUUGUUUUGCAGCAUUAAGACCUGCAUUUGUUGAUGCUGCCCAGACAUAUUUAUUGCGUCGGCUCACCAAAUUUAACGUAAAAGAGCUACAUGAAGCUAUGCCUUGUGUUUGGAGAUUGUGCUAUAUGAAUAAGGAUACAGUCAAACUAGCGAACGCAUCAAUUUCGUGUAUGAAACUUAUAAAGCCAUUUAUUGAUUUAUCCAAAAGAGACGAAAAGAUAGAUUUCAAUACUAAAUUACAUAAAUUGCUUCAUCUACUUGGAUGCUUUGGGACAUAUUGUAAACUUGAGAAGCAUAGGGAAGUAUACAUAAAAGCCCGCGUUGGCUUGAAGGAAAACGAAACAGUAAUUAGUGUUAUUACAAAGUUUUUAUUAUUUUUUUGUGGGUCUACCUUUCUGUCCCAAAUCAAAAAAAUUGCCAUCAAGAAUAUCAUAAGCGUUUGUUCUACUCAUCCAAAAUUGUUUAUGUCUGAUGCUAUCUUAAAAAUUCUAGAUCGUGAAUUUGAUGAUGUUGACGUAGAUAUCAAGCGCACUAUUAUUCAAGGGUUUAUGGACUUCCUAAAGAAUGAGGAUAACAAUUCAAAGAAACUAAAUGGCGUUCAAACAAAAUCAUCUACUGAAAUAAAAUUAGAUGUUGCAGUUUUUCAUGGUGAUGCUAAAUCAUAUGUAAAUGAUGGUAUCUGCGCGGGUAUAAUUCAGAGAUAUUUGGAAAAGAUUUUAAAGUUUUGUCUUCAAGAAUCGGACGAAUUCGCUAUAUUACCUGUUCAGUUUGUUCAGUUAGUAAUUAAGCUAGGUUUUGCAAAUCCAAAAAUUUGUAUUCCCUAUAUAAUUGCCUUGGAGUCAACAACCAAUCCACAUAUCAGACAUAUCGCUUUUGAACUACAUACUGAAUUGUUCGAGAAACACGAAUCAUUAACUGAUUCGAGUUAUCUAGAGGGUUUAAAAUUAGCGGUAGCUUAUAGAAAGCGUACGGCUAGUAAUGUGUAUCAAGAGAGAUUCUUCAUAAGUAAUUUGUAUUCCAUUGUAAAUGGGAAUUAUUCUUCAAGAAAAAAGCUCAUAUUGUCUCUUGCCAAAGCAUUUAACAUCAACCUUGGUUUUACAAAAUUGGAGGAUAACACAUUUCAAAGAGAUACCAUAAUUUAUACUGCGUUUAACAUCGCAGCCAUUCAUUUUGCAACUUUAGAAGAAGUAUUCAUAUUAAUAUGCAAAAUUGAUAAAGUAAUAUCUAGAGAGGGCUUGGAUUUGUCUGAUAAAAUAUUGAAAGAGACGAAUUCUGAUUCACUGAAUACUCAGUCUAUUGCUUACUUACGCAAUUUAUGCGUAAAUGCCCAAACUUUAAUUGCAUUGAUUACUUUCCGAAACCAUUUAGUUGCAACACAUAGUAUAACCGAUAAUCAGAUUGAAAAUUAUAAACCGAAUAAAACUGAGAUAGAAUUAAGACAACCCCCUAAGUUAGUUAACGAAAUUCCAUUGUCUAUUGAGACUGAAGGAUUGAAUCUAGUCUUGAAGAAUUCGGAAAGCUUUGGAACUAUCUACACGAGAUUUUUUCAAGUAAUUCAUGAAUUUACAGAAUAG